AAAAGAAAAGAAAGAGAAGGUAUGGAUCAGAAGUCUGGCUCGGUUAAAGAUUUAGAGUUGCUUUGCCUUGGUAUUCUUGAAGAAUGCUCCUAAGGUGCUUAUGAGAUAUGACAGUUCUUGUGGGCAUCUAGCCUUUUAAAAUUGACUGCAAUAGAGCAUACUGAUACGGACACCAUGUACCGCAGUGUAUUUUGCAGGAAAAAUUGUAGUCCCAGGCUCAUUAUCACAGCCGUUAUCGGAGCUGUUUUUGGAUUUUUUGUUGGUGUUUCCUUUCCAUCAGUUUCCCUUUACAAGAUUCGAAACUUUCCUUUAAGCCUCGGCCCGUCAGUUGGUGGAGCCUCAUCUGAAAGCAAACAAUUCUAUAUGGUCGGAUCUUCUGAAUCAUCUCGAGCCAAUAUUUAUAAGAUAUAUGUUCCAACAAAUCCUCAUGGUGCAGAAACAUUACCACCAGCAAUUGUUGUACCAGAGACCGAUCUUUACCUGCGCAGAUUAUGGGGUGAACCUAGUCAGGAUCUAAAGAAGAAACCAAAGUAUUUAGUAACAUUUACAGUUGGUAUUGGUCAGAUGAAUAAUAUUGAUAAAUGUGUUAAAAAGUUUUCUGAGGAUUUUCAAAUAAUGCUUUUUCAUUAUGAUGGUCGGACCACUGAAUGGGACCGAUUGGAGUGGUCAAAGACUGCAAUCCAUGUUAGUGCAAGGAAACAAACGAAAUGGUGGUUUGCAAAAAGGUUUUUGCAUCCAGAUAUUGUAGCUGCUUACGAAUAUAUUUUCAUAUGGGAUGAAGAUCUAGGAGUUGAAAACUUCAAUGCAGAGAGAUAUAUAGAACUGGUCAAGAAACACGACCUGGAGAUCUCACAACCAGGUUUGGAGCCCAAUGUCGGACUCACAUGGCAGAUGACAAAGAGGAGAGAAGACCAAGAAGUUCACAAGUUUACCGAGGAGAAACCUGGCUGGUGUAGCGAUCCACAUUUUCCACCAUGUGCUGCUUUCGUGGAAAUCAUGGCGCCUGUAUUUUCUCAGGAAGCUUGGCGAUGUGUAUGGUAUUUGAUUCAGAAUGACUUGGUGCACGGUUGGGGAUUAGAUUUUGCUCUCAGAAGAUGUGUUUCACCUGCACACGAAAAAAUCGGUGUGGUAGAUUCGCAGUGGAUUGUUCAUCAAGGGAUUCGUUCUCUCGGGAACCAGGGCGGGACGCUCGGUGGGAUAUCUCCCCGGGAUGCGGUCCGAAUAAGGAGCAAAAUCGAGUGGGCGAUGUUUCAGAAGCGACUCGUGAAUGCCGACUUGGCAUACGUUGCUCAGCGUGGCAAAGGAUAAAGAUAAUUUUUUAUUAUUUCCACCCCCCACCCUCCCAAUACACCCUCAUAUGUGCAUCUAUCAUCUCACUUGCUAGGCUUAAAGUCUUGGGUGACAUUCUUUUUACUACAAUAGGGUGGACUCAUUUCCCUAACCCACAUUUUUUUGUAUCUUAAUAUUUCUUUUACAGAUAAAAAAAACGGGGGGUAAAUUAUUUUUUUACCAGUUCUUCCUCACGAAGAACAAUUGUGGGGUGUCUCCCAUUAAAAUCAUGAUGAUUGUAACAAUUCCAUAAGAAAUUUUCUUCUCUCAUCUUAAUGAUAUGAAACCAUUGUUUUUUA